AGCUUCACCAAGCUUCAUCAUUGAGGGGUGUAUCAAUUCAACAACAUCAACACCACAUCUCCAUCAUCGUCUUUCAAUCUCCUCAUACGCCAAAAUGUCGAGUCCACAAGACGCAUGGAGGCAGCUUCAGCGCAUGGCAGCAAAUGCCCAGAGAGGAGGGGGAGGUGGUCCAGGUCCCAAGGGAGUAGCCGGAGGCAUCGGCGGUUUAAUACUUCUAGGCGCUGUCGGAGUGGUUGGUAGUAACGCACUAUUCAACGUUGAUGGAGGUCAUCGUGCGAUCAAGUACACCAGAAUUGGGGGUGUGAGCAAGGAGAUCUAUGGUGAAGGUAUUUGCGCCACCCCGCAUCCACUUACAAACCAUCACUAACAUAUAUAUUGUGUAGGAACCCAUCUUAAACUCCCAUGGUUCGAAACACCAAUAGACUACGAUGUGCGCGCCAAACCAAGAAACGUCGCUUCUCUUACCGGUACCAAGGAUCUCCAGAUGGUCAAUAUAACCUGUCGAGUUCUUUCACGUCCACGAGUCGAUGCCUUGCCUCAAAUCUACAGAACCCUAGGAACGGAUUACGAUGAAAGAAUUUUACCUUCGAUUGUGAAUGAGGUUCUGAAGAGUGUGGUUGCGCAAUUCAAUGCCUCUCAAUUGAUCACCCAGCGUGAAAAUGUGGCGAGAUUAGUACGGGAGAACCUUUCUAAGCGCGCGGCGAGAUUCAAUAUCAUGUUAGAUGAUGUUUCCCUGACUGUAUGUCACUUCCCUCAAAAUUAUAUUCCUACCCUCCCUUCCCCACUCAUCCAUACCCGUACUAAUUGUAUAACAGCACCUAGCAUUCUCCCCCGAAUUCACAGCUGCAGUAGAAGCCAAACAGGUAGCACAACAAGAAGCACAACGAGCCGCCUUCGUAGUCGACAAAGCCCGACAGGAAAAACAAGCCAUGGUUGUCCGCGCACAGGGAGAAGCACGAUCCGCUGAAUUGAUUGGAGAUGCGAUCAAGAAGAGUCGAUCAUAUGUUGAUCUCAAGAGAAUUGAGAAUGCGCGGGCGAUUGCGCAGAUCUUGCAGGAGGGUGGAGGAAAGAAUAAGGUGUACCUUGAUAGUGAGGGAUUGGGGUUGAACGUUACGGAGGGGUAUGAGGAUAAGAACAAGAAAUAAUUCUGAGGGCGCAAAAGAGGAAGUUAUGGGAUGGUGAUAGAGGGGGCGGGGAACAGGAAAGGGACGGGGUAAGUGUAAAAAGAACUCUCUACUGUAUGUGAUGAUGGAACACUUGUAUUGAUAUGAUAGGCAAAACAACAAACGCAAAAGCAAAAGCAAAGAUUCCCUGGCUCCGGCUUUCGCUUUUCUUGUUACAAUUACAUGUACUUAUACGAUGGUAUAUUAGCUCAAAACCCCCAUCUCAAUCCCACUCCUGUCGUACUUGGACACAUCACGUCUUUCUCUUUUCGAAUCUUCAAGGCUCGAUGCGAGCAAC